UUCAUUUUUCACAUAAUCAAGUGAUUUGAGGAGCUGGGGCUUUAAGAAAAAUACCAAAUAUUGCAAAUCUGGUAUAAAAUCAUGAGGGCUGGCGACGCAUCAGAUGAUACUAGUCUAUAUCCUUGACAAGUUUACCUUUAAAACACUGGAGGGGACAUCUGAAAGAUUAUGUUUAGCGUUAAAGCAGUCUGUUUGGUAGAAGCAAUUCACUUGGCCACUGGCUGCCCGAGGUUGGCUGGUAGACUUAUUCAUCCAGCUGUUUGUCAUGUGCAUCACUGGACAAAGAGGAAUAUGGAUCCCAGGUGGAGCUCCUGGACUGGUCCAAAUAGCAUUGGCAAAGCAGGAGUAAGUGCUCCCCAAACCAAGGUCAUGGCAAAGCAAGAGCAGCCUGGUCUUUUGAUCGUUGAAAUAGGAGGUGUAUGUGGUGUGCUGGAAGGCCAUGUGGAGUUCUUGAAGAAACACUUUCACCUUAUCACCAUGAAGGAAUUUCUUAAAAAGAAAGAAAGAUUGAGUGAAAAGAUCAAAUCUGUUUUCAUAUAUGAGGGCAGACCAGUCAUUGACCGGGAGCUCCUCCAGAGCCUACCUCACUUAAAGGUGAUUGCAAACUCUGGAGUAGGAGUGGAUCACCUGGACUUAAAACUGAUUUCAAGCUUUGGAGUUAAAGUGACCAAUACUCCACAUGCUGUUUCUGACUCCACAGCAGACAUUGGGAUGACCUUGAUGCUGGCAUCUGCCAGAAGGCUAGUGGAAGGUUGUCAGAUUGCCGUUUCUCCACAGACUGAGCAUUUUGCUGCUGACUGGCUGGGAGAUGAAGUCACUGGGGCUACUCUCGGUAUCAUCGGCAUGGGCAGCAUUGGGUAUAAGGUGGCCAAGAGGGCUAAAGCUUUUGAAAUGAAAAUUCUGUACCACAACAGGAACCAGAGAAAAGAAGAGGAGGAACAGGCUGUUGGUGCCCGCUACUGUGAAAAGAUGGAAGAUUUGCUCCAGCAAUCUGACUUUGUGAUACUGGUUGUGAACCUGACACCUCAGACACACAAAUUGAUUGGGAAAAGAGAGUUAGAGCAGAUGAAACCCACUGCUACUCUCAUUAACAUCAGCAGAGGUGCAGUAGUUGAUCAUGAUGCAUUGGUGGAAGCUCUCCAAAAUGGGAUUAUUAAGGCUGCAGCUUUGGAUGUGACAUACCCUGAACCUCUGCCAAGAGAUCAUCCAUUAUUAAAAUUAAAGAACAUUAUCAUAACUCCACACAUUGGAACUGCUACAGUCCAAGCCACCCGUAUGAUGACAGAAGAAGCAGUAGCAAAUAUACAGGCUGUUCUCAGUGGUCUCCCCAUUCCCAGUGAAGUGAUCCCUCAGUGACAUGUCAGAGAACAUAAAUACACAGUGGCAUGUCUGUGAAAGGACUUUAUUCUACUGAAUCAUACAGUAACUUUGCAGUGCACUGGUUAAUAAUGACAAGUGAACAUGUUCCUUACACUGCUGUCACAUUUAUGCUGCCACCUAGUGGCUAUAUUGUAUAAUUGCACCCCAGUCACGUGAUAAUUUGGCUAAUAAAGUCAGUUGUUCAAAGGCUCUUAGCUGAGCAGUUGCAGAUAACUCUGUUUUCAAUCUACUCUUUCACCAAAUACACACUGCAUACUUAUCCUAACACUUACUGAAUCCUAAUGCAGGGGAGGGGGGCACACUAGCUGCUCCUUAUGGUCUUCAGAACAACAUAAAAUCAGAAGUAAUAUUGACCAAAAGAGGAGUUUUAUAUUUUUAAUUAUAUCAACGUAAAAUUCCACACUAGGUAUGAUCAUUAAAAGGAUUUAAUGAGACGCUUUUGGGCAUUGUGAUGGGUUGAACCCCCCCACCCCAGAUGCCACCUGAUGUACUAGGAUUUCACUAGCUCUACUAGCCCGUUUUGCUGAAUAGGCUCUCUGGUCUCUGGCAGCGUGCGUGCGCGCGCACACACACACACACACACACACACACACAGGUAAGGCCACACUCAACUGCAGACACAGAAGUCAGCUCUAUGUGAGAGGAUUCACCCAGCACUCACGUGCACACCCCCUUUGGGGAAUAAACCCAUAGUAAUAUCAUCUUGUGCUGAAUAGAAAGAUCUGCACAGCGCAAGCUCAUAAAAAUUUGCCCUCUCCCUCAGUGUGAAGCGAGAUAUACACAGCUUCUUGCCCCCCGCCCCAGGAAUGAAUUGCACAAACUGGGUUAGCUUAUAAACAAUAAAUAAGUUUAUUAACUACAAAAGGUAAUUUUUAAGUUAUAGCAAACAGAACAAAGCAGAUUACUGAACAAAUAAAACAAAACGUGCAAGCUAGGCUUAAUUCACUAAAGAAACAAGUUACAAAAUGUAAUUUCUCACCCUAAAUGUUAUUUUAGGAAGAAAGCAGAAUUUCUGUAGCUUAAAGUUCCAGUUAUUUCUCUUUACUGACUAGACUCCUCUGUCUCAGUCUGGACUCAGCCCUUGCCUUCUCCUCAGCUUAGUUCCUUUGUCCCUUCAAGUAUUUUCAGCAGUCUUUCUUCCUGGGUGGGAAGGGAGACUCCUGUUUGCCUUACUCCCCAGACCCCAGCCUUAAAUAAGCUUUACAUAAGGCAGGAAUCUUGUUUCCCAGUCUUGACCUACCCCUCCUUUUAGUGGAAAAUUACUAGAAGUCCAAGAUGGUGUUUAGUACCAGGUGACAGGACCACCUGAUCUAGUAGCAUCACAGCUAUGUCCCAGGAUGCUUCUCAGGAAGGAGAGAGAUUAAUAUUUUUGAAGUCUUAUUGUUUCUUCCUAAUCAUCAAAGCUGAUGGCCUGUUUUCUGGUGGGCGUCUCCCAAAUACACACUCAAUUGUAAUUGUUGCAUAGUCAAUAUUCUUAACUUUAGAUACAGAAAUUAUACAUACAUACAAAUUGGAUAAUCACAUUCAGUAAAUUAUAACCUUUCCAAUAAUACCGUACAAGACCCAUCUUGCAUAAAAUAUAUCUCAGUUAUGCAAUAUCCAUAUCAUAAGCAUAUUUCCAUAGACAUCACAGGCAUGUCAAGGAUGGAUUGAGCAUGAAUUCUCUACAGAAAUUUGACUUCAGUCCAAAAUACUUUUGGGCCAGCACAGCAGCAUUGGAUCUUGAUAUCAAGACACCAGCAAGGCUGACUCCUUCAUGUUGAUUCUUGAUCUGAAAUUUCACACCAUAUUUUAUUUCAUCCUGAGAACUUUGCAUUCUCAACAUUGGUAAACCAAAGCAGAUCCAAUAAUUCAAAAAUUAUGUUCUAUUUUUCUGAGGUGUCUUAAACGUGAGACUGUUCUCACCGCAGCUUGUACACAAAAAAGGGUACUUUUAUCUUGACAGAGCCAAGAAACAAAACUAUAUCUACUACUGAAGUCACAUGGGUGCAGCCACAGCGUGAAGUAAAAAUCUACUUGAGCACUGAGUCCAACCCAAAGUCCAACUCCUUCUUAGAAUCCAUUUCCUGAGUAGGAACAAAGCAGAGAAGGCAAGAAAUGUCUUAUUGCCUCAAUGUGCUUAGUAAAGCCAGGAGUCCUUCCCAUUACUGAGCAAUGUGAGCAGGGCAGGAGGACUAAGGUUUUCCAAGGCUUCUUGGAAAGACUGUAAAAUAAAGAUUUAGCAUAGUACACACAUAGACUAUCUAGUAGCUAAUGAAUUAAUGUUUGUAUGACUCACUGAAGAGCCAAAUGUUAAAGGCUUACUAAUAAUGUUGAAGGAUUACAAAUAACAAUAGCUGGUGACAAUGGGGUUUCUCCCCUUACAGAAAUCCAGUGAAAAGUCUAACCUAUUACUAAUGUAAAUCUCAUUUUUUCCAGAAGUGCUGCAAACACACUGCUGUCACAGAGCUGCAGCUGCUCAGCACCUCUUAAAAUCAGGCCACUUUUAUUUAGGAGCCUAACUUUAGAUACCCAACAUUUGAAAAUGUUUGCCUAGGCACCUAGUUAUACAGAUUGCUUUGGGUAUGCACAUGUGCAUGCCACUCUUGGGUGCAUGCAUGCCCUGUGGACAAUCACAAGACAUUUUUAUCUCAGUGGUACCCAUUGGAGCAGCUGGAGCACCCUCUUCUGCUGCACACUAGUGGCGCCAGUAUAAAGGGCUCAGCCUGAGCCCCCUCAGUCCCGUGAUGGUUGCUGGAACUGCUCAUCUUGCUUUUGCCAGUGCUCUUGAGUGGACUGUGUACUCUUGUAUUUUAUCAAUACAAUUAGUUGUCAAAUAAUCACAGUUAAUUGAUACAAUUAAUGCCAAACAAAUGAACUGGAUUAAAAAAUAGUUGUGAUUAAUUGCCAUUUUCAUCGCACUAACAAACAAUAAUAGAAAACCAAUUUACAUUUAUUAUAAAUAUUUUGGGGUGUUUUUCUACAUUUUCAAAUAUAUUGAUUUCAGUUACAAUACAGAAUACAAGAUGUACAGUGCUCACUUUAUAUUUUUUGUUACAAAUAUUUGCACUGUAAAACCAGUUUGUUUACAUUUGUGGGAGACAAUGCUGCCUGCUUCUUAUUUACAAUGUCACCUGAGAGUGAGAACAGGUGUUCGCAUGGCACUGUUGUAGCUGAUGUUGAAAGGUAUUUACAAGCCAGAUAUGCUAAACAUUCUUAUGCCCCUUCAUGCUUUGACUUGUAGACUCUAAAGUUUUACAUUGUUUUGUUUUUGAGUGCAGUUAUGUAAAAAAAAAAAUAA